UGGGAGUUACGCAUUUAUGAUCGUGAAGGGAGGUAUCCACUUCAAUUAGAACCCUAGCAAAACCCUCUUUUUUUCUCAAAUCUCUUGUGAUUUUGUCAGUGCUGUUUUGGCCCGAUGGCUUCAAUGGAUGCGUCAAGUUCUCGUUCCACCGUUAACGCUCGUGCUUCCCUCUCCCUGGACGAGGAGGAAGAUGAAGCUCUGGUCAUAAGCAUUGAUGAAGUAAACGAAGAUCGUGUAGAAUUCAAAUACAUGCUGGUGGGGAAGUUGCUGACUGACAAACCAAUCAAGUUUAUGAACCUUAGGGACACCAUUGCCGCUACUUGGAGACCUGGUAUGGGUAUGAUGAUGACAGAGGCAGAUUAUAAUCUAUUUGUAUUUCAGUUUUUUCACCAAGUGGAUUUAAAGCGAGUUAUGGAGGACGGGCCUUGGUGUUUCGAUCAGAGUCUUCUGGUGCUCCAUAGAAUGCAACCGAGUGAAUUGCCAAAAGACAUUCCUCUGUGUAAGGCGGAGUUUUGGGUUCAAGUCCAUAAGCUUCCGAUAGGUUUAUUUAGGGAAAACAUUGCCAAAGCCAUUGGGGACUAUCUGGGAACAUUUAUUCGAGCUGAUAGGAACAAUUUUGAUGGAUCCUGGAAGUCCUUUCUAAGGGUCCGAGUACUGUUAGAUAUCACAAAACCCCUGCGGAGGAGAGUGAAGCUGAGGAAAGGAGGGGGUGAUUGGUUUUGGGCUGAGUUCAAGUAUGAACGCUUACCCCAUUUUUGUUUCUUGUGUGGAUUAAUGGAUCACACUGAUCCUUACUGUCCGAGGAGGUACGAGGUCACGGAGGAGGAGGAGGUGAGGCCAUAUGGUUCUUGGCUCAGGGCAACUCGUCGACGUUUUCCGGCCAUUGGUAGUCGUUGGCUGGUUGAGGGACCACCGCGCAAGGCGGAGAUACAAAUGCCACAGCCUCAAGAGGCUCUUGAACUUAAUGGUCAACAGUUGUUGGGCCAAGAAGUGGAGCUUGACCUUGCUGAAGAGAGGGGAGCUCAUACUCCGAAUAGUGGGAAAUUUGAUAACUCCUUCCAGAAGCAGGGCAGGGGUGGAGGUGAAAGCAGUUCUGAUGAUGAUGACAGUUCUGAUGAAAGUGAAGAUGAGGAAGAUGAGGAGCUACAAAAGGAAAAUACCAAUGCCUCAACUACUGGAACUACUGUCCAACAAAGUGCUAAUGCCUCGAAAGAUGGGACCAGUUCUGAAGAUGAAAGUUCUGAUGAUGAGCCAUCUAAAGAUGAGGCUGUUGAGAAGCUGUGGCAGUCUUCUACUGGGACGGAGGGCAGUUCUGAUGAUUCCUCAUCAGUUGGAUCUGAAUCCCAAGGAUCCAAAACUCUUUUUAUGGGAAAUUUGUCAUGGUCAAUUGUACAGGCUGAUGUAGAGAAUUUCUUCAAAGAUUGUGGAGAGUUAAAGGAUGUUCGUUUUGCUUCACAUCCAGAUGGGAAGUUCAAGGGCUACGGGCAUGUUGAAUUUACUACUUCUGAGGCAGCUGCAAAGGCUCUUGAACUUAAUGGUCAACAGUUGUUGGGCCGAGAAGUGAGGCUUGACCUUGCUUAUGAGAGGGGAGCUUAUACUUCGAAUAGUGGGAAAUUUGAUAACUCCUCCCAGAGGCAGGGCAGGGGUGGAGGUGAAAGUACAACUGUGUUUGUUAAGGGGUUUGACAAGAAUGUUAUUGAAGAUGUGAUGAGGAGUGCUCUUGAGGAUCAUUUUGGCUGUUGUGGAGAGAUUAAAAGUAUCAGACUUCCAACGGACCCGGAAGGGAACCUUAAAGGGAUGGCUUAUAUUGAGUUCACAGACAGUGAUGCAAUGAACUGGGCUCUGGAGCUCAACAACUCCCAAAUUGGAAACAACACCUUGUAUGUUGAUGAUCCUAAGCCAAGAUGUGAUAGUCGUGGUGGAGGCAGGUUUGGAGGAAGGGGAGGUGGUAGACGUGGCGGUGGCCGCUUUCGACUAUGAUAGUUUGUAUUUUGGUUUAUCCAUCAUCAUCAUGUGGAUCUAUCUUGUCAACAAUAGUUUGUUUGUUUGUUUGUUUGUUUGUUUGGUUGAUCUCCCCGGACAUCAACUUGUGCACACUAUUGAAUAGUGAUUGUGAAUUUUUCAUGGCAUUCAAAAAACAAAAAAAAUUCUAAAUGUCAAACUCAA